CGAGGCCGGGACGGAGGCGGGCGGGCGGCCGCCAGCUCCCGCAGCGGCCCGCGGGCCCCCCGCCCCCCCUCCGCCGCCGAGGCCUGUCCAAACCAUUGGGAGGUUUUGAGCCAGCGAAACACAACCAAAGUGGUGCUUCCAUUACUAAGGACAAAACCACAGGAGCCUGUUUCAUCCAGUUGCUUUCCAUGACUGCCUCACGGUAGAACAUGAGCAGGUAAUGCACAAGGAGCACCACUGGGAAUCAUGUCAGACGAGUCAAUCUCAGGGAGUGAUCCGGACCUGGACCCGGACUUGGAGCAGGAGGAUAUGGAAGAGGAGGAGGAGGAAGAUGAGGAGGAGGCGAUGGAGGAGGACAAUGAUGGGGAUGACGAGGAGGACUUACUUGAUGAGAGUGACCAACCCCAGGAAGCUGUGUUCAGCGGUGACCAUGUUGAACACGCGGAGGAUGGAGAAUGGCAGCGCUCUACUUCAACUACCUCAUCUCAGAGUGAGCGGGCGGAGCGACUCUUGCAGAACCAGCACAAGAGCCUGGCCUCUGAGGACACCAAAAAGAAGAGGGCUCAGAAACCGUCUCACAUGCGGAGGAACAUAAGAAAGCUGUUGCGUGAGGACCAACUGGAAGCCGUGACAAAAGCAGCUCAGCAGGAGGAGUUGGAGAGAAGGAAACGGUUAGAGCAGCAGCGGAAGGAUUAUCCGGCCACUAUCCCAACUGUACCCCUAGAGUUUCUUCCUGAGGAUAUCGUUUUCAGAACAGCAGAGGCUACCCAGCUCCCCCCUCAGGUCCUGGCUGAGGAAGUGAUCUGCCUAGAUAGUACCAGCAGUGGCAGUGAAGAUGACACUAAAGGAAAAAAUAGCAUUAAAGAUGAAGUGAUUGAGCUGAGUUCAGGAGAGGAUGAUGCCCUGCAAAUUGUUGAUAGCAGUGACUCUGGUAAUGAAGAGGAGGAGGAUGGCAGUGAAGAGAGCAGUGGCUCUCAUGUGAAUGAUGCCUUAAAUCAGUCAGAUGCUCUGGGGCAAGUCAUUGUCAACAUCAAUCAUCCACCAAACGAGGAGGACAUUUUCCUGGCUCCCCAGCUUGCACGCGCAGUAAAACCUCAUCAGAUCGGUGGGAUCCGAUUCCUGUAUGACAACUUGGUCGAGUCCUUGGAGAGAUUUAAAACCAGCAGUGGGUUUGGGUGUAUUUUAGCACAUAGCAUGGGCCUGGGCAAGACCAUACAGGUCAUCUCUUUCUUGGAUGUACUUUUUCGGCACACAGAGGCAAAGACUGUUCUUGCCAUUGUACCUGUGAAUACGCUCCAGAACUGGCUAGCAGAGUUCAACAUGUGGCUCCCAGCACCUGAAAGCCUUCCUGCUGAUUAUAACUCCAAAGAGGUCCAGCCCCGCACCUUCAAAGUCCACAUCCUGAAUGAUGAACACAAAACAACAGCUGCACGUGCAAAGGUGGUGAAUGACUGGGUAGUAGAAGGUGGUGUGCUGCUGAUGGGGUAUGAGAUGUACCGUCUCCUCUCAUUGAAGAAGUCCUUUGCCACUGGCAGGAAGAAGAAAUCAAAGAAACAAACUGGCCCUGUCAUUAUCGACUUGGAUGAGGAAGACCGACAGCAAGAGCUUCUGAAAGGGAUUGAGAAAGCCUUGUCUCGCCCUGGCCCAGAUGUGGUUAUUUGUGAUGAGGGACACCGGAUAAAGAACUGCCAUGCCAGCACUUCCCAGGCCCUGAAGAACAUCCGCUCCCGCCGGCGGGUGGUGCUGACCGGCUACCCGCUGCAGAACAACCUCAUCGAGUACUGGUGCAUGGUGGACUUUGUCCGACCCGACUUCCUGGGCUCGCGGCAGGAGUUCAGCAACAUGUUUGAGCGGCCGAUCCUGAACGGGCAGUGUAUUGACAGCACCCCGCAGGAUGUGCGGCUCAUGAGGUACCGCAGCCACGUCCUGCAUAGCCUGCUGGAAGGCUUUGUGCAGCGGCGAGGCCACGAUGUGCUGAAGGUUCAGCUCCCAUCUAAGGAAGAACAUGUCAUCUUAGUACGUUUGUCAAAGAUCCAGCGGGCCCUUUAUACAGAGUUCAUGAACCGGUUCCGAGAUGCAGGCAACAGUGGCUGGCUGGGACUGAACCCACUCAAGGCUUUCUGUGUCUGUUGUAAGAUCUGGAACCAUCCAGAUGUGUUGUAUGAAGCUCUGCAAAAGGAGAAUCUGGCAAACGAGCAGGAUUUGGAUGUGGAUGACCUCAGCACAGCCAGCACUAAUUCCCGCUGCCAGCCUCAGGGAAUUAAAGUCAAAACAGAGAGCAAUGCGUUGGCAUCACCUGUGGGAGAGGCUACUAACAGCAAGUUCCUCCAGAGUGUUGGCUUCAACCCUUUUCAGGAGAGAGCAAAUCAGGUCGUUACUUAUGAGUGGGCCAAAGACAUCUUGUGUAAUUACCAGACGGGAGUCUUGGAGAAUUCACCCAAGAUGGUGUUACUGUUCCACCUGAUUGAGGAAAGUGUGAAGCUUGGAGACAAGAUCCUGGUCUUCAGCCAGAGCUUGUCCACGUUAUCCGUCAUUGAAGAGUUUUUGGCAGAGAGACCAAUGCCGAGUCCUCCAGGCUCAGAUGGAGGAGUUCACAACUGGGUCCGAAACAUCAACUAUUACAGGCUGGAUGGCAGCACCUCUGCCUCAGAAAGGGAACGACUCAUUAACCAGUUCAAUGACCCCAGCAACACCUCUGUUUGGCUCUUCCUCUUGUCCACGCGUGCUGGGUGUUUGGGUGUCAACCUCAUUGGAGCAAACAGAGUGGUGGUGUUUGAUGCUUCUUGGAACCCGUGCCACGACGCCCAGGCCGUGUGCCGUGUCUACCGCUAUGGGCAGAAGAAGCCGUGCCACAUUUACAGACUGGUUUCUGAUUACACCCUUGAGAAGAAGAUCUAUGACCGUCAGAUCUCCAAGCAGGGCAUGUCAGAUCGAGUGGUGGAUGAUCUGAACCCAGUGCUGAACUUCACCCGAAGGGAGGUCGAGAACCUGCUGCAUUUUGUGGAAGAGGAGUCUGACCCUGCUCAGCUCUCCCUCAAUCCGAGCAAGAUGAAGGAGUCUGUUCUACAACUAGCCUGUCUCAAGUAUCCUCACCUCAUCACCAAGGAGCCUUUUCAGCAUGAGUCACUGCUGAUCAACCGGAAGGAGCACAAGCUGACCAAGGCAGAGAAGAAAGCAGCCAAGAAGAGCUAUGAGGAGGAGAAGCGAGCAUCCGUCCCCUACACCCGGCCGUCCUACGCACAGUAUUACCCAGCCAGUGACCAGAGUCUGACCAGCAUCCCUGCCUUUAGCCAGAGGAACUGGCGACCAGCUCUCAAGGGUGAGGACAAGCCUGUGGCGAGCGUCCGCCCAGUUCAAUCCACCCCCAUUCCUAUGAUGCCCCGGCACGUCCCCAUGGGCAGUGCAGGGUCAACCUCAAGUUCCAAUCCUGCUGUCAACUUCCCCAUCAACUAUCUACAGCGAGCUGGUGUCUUUGUGCAGAAGAUUGUCACCACCACAGAUAUUGUGAUUCCGGGUACAAACACAUCCACUGAUGUACAGGCAAGAAUCAGUGCUGGUGAGAGCAUCCACAUCAUCCGAGGGACAAAAGGGACGUAUAUCCGGACCAGUGACGGGCGGAUCUUUGCUAUCCGGACCACUGGGAAGCCCAAGGGCAAUGAAGACCGUCGGACAGCUGCCUCAGGCUCCCAGAGCUCUUCGCUGGAGUCCACGAGCAAUGGCAGACACAGUGCCUCAUCACCGCAGCUCCCCAGCACAGAGGAGCUCACUCGGCCCAUCUCCCCCGACAGCCCCGAGAUCAUCAGCGAGCUGCAGCAGUACGCGGAGGCGGCGGCCGCCCGGGAGUCGCGGCAGGGCUCUCCCAGCAGCGCCGCCGCGCAGGGCCCCGCCGCCCGCGCCAAUGCCGUGCCCAUGCCCGCCCGAGGGGCCGAGCAGCGCGUGGGCGGUCACUGCGUGGCCCCCUCGGCGCCCGCGGCGCUGCCGGCCAGCAGCCAGCACGCCGAUGCCCACGCCGUGUUGGACUUACGGGGCAGCAAGCGCAAGUCGAGCUCGCCGUCGGCGCCGGAGGAGCAGGCCCGCAGGCAGCAGAAGAAGCGCCAGUUGCCGCCGUCCGUGCAGCCGUACGAACACGGGUACCCCGUCUCUGGAGUUGAAAACCGAGGGGUUCUGAGCAAACUGCUGGACAACUUGUCUUUGGAUGCACCAUGGAAAUAAAAAUCAAACCCCCCCACAAAAGUAACAAAGCAAAUUAACUGAUGGUGUUCAUGCGAGUUUCUCCAAAGACUUGACAGUGCUGCAUCUGUGAGUCAUUGCCCUCCUGUGCUCUAUGUGUCCACCUCACGCACAACCCCGUGACACUGCUUGUGUGACGAGCUUGCCCAGAUGUCCGUUGCGUCCCCGUGAGGCUGACAGUUUUCCGGUGGGAUUGGGGAAUGGACUUAGGCAAGGGCUUUCCUUGUCCAGAGUAGCAAGCGGUGAGACCUGCGUGUGGGGAGGCUGUGGUGUGGGCAGGCCUCCCCCAGCCCAGCCUGGGGCCAUCAGGCUAAGGGGGGGAUUCAUCUGUGAACGGGGCUGUUCUGGGGCUCUGUGCUGGGGGCAGGCACAAAGAUUGGGCUGUGGGCAGUGGCCACUGUGGCUGCUGCUCCUCACCUCUACAGGAGAGCACCAGGGGCUCGGCCCAUCACUAGGCUGCCAGUCCAUGUCCUGCUGCUCCGCGGCACGGCCCAAGGUGUGGCUGCCACAAGGCACGUGCUUUGUGUCCGUAACCUCCUGGCACAGGGUGAGGUGUGCGGGCUCUCCUGGCUCCUGUACGGCCAUAGCAGCUUGGAGACCCCUCAGCCUCCCGUGGCACGGCUGCCCCUGGCUGUGCCCCGUUGCCUGUGGCUUCCUCCCACUGGCAAACACCCGCAGCUCAAGGCGGCUGUGGCUCGGUGCCCCAGCACUGCACAGAGCCUCAGCCGCUCUCCCAGCAUGGCCGGGCACUGUGACACCUCUCUGCCUCACGUCCCGCUCCCUGAGCCAGGGGCCAGAUCCCCUGGUUCCCAACAGAGUCUCAUCUGAGAGGCGGUGGCAGAGGUAGCCGUGACACCCUGGCCACGGGACUCCCAUGGGGGCUGACGGCAACGGGGGCUGCUCCGAGGUGCCCAGAGGCCUCUGAUUCCCCACAGCGCUGGGGGAAGAAUUUCCAGCACCCCACAGAAGCUGUGAGAGGCUGUGAGUUAUCCAGGGGCUUCCCCACUGGGGAGCCCUCUUGAGCCCUAAAACUCCUCCCCCAUGGGACUCCCUGUCCUCCUCGUCUGCCACCCCCGACUGCUCUCUUCAGCGCAGGGUUUUGCUGCAGAGGGCCCUGUCUCGGUUUUCCUGGAGCAGGGGCUUUCCCUACAUGGGUUCCAUUUUGCUUUUGCUGCUGAAUUUGUCUCCAAAUGACCAGAGUGAAGCAGCUGCCAGUUUGCAGCGAGGCUGCAGGUGCUGCUGUGGGUGACACCGAGGACACUGCUGAGGUUUUUUGGACACUAAGGAAGGUUUCUGAGCAGAGCCCGGAGGCCGGGGCAGAGCUGCAGGGCUCUGAGGGUGACCAUCUGCCCUCCCCUCGCACCCAGGUUUCCACUCCUGGGGACAGUCAGUCGGGUGAAGGUUGGCUACUGCUGUGGGACAUGAUGCCACGGGCGUGAGGGGGAGUCUGCGGCUGCUGUGUGCCCCUGGUCCUGUUGGCACAGCUCUCGGGGCUUUGUGGGGUGGUGAGCAGCAGAGCCCGGCCUGGCCCACGCUGGGGCAGGACCUGCUGCACAUCAGGCCCCAGAGCACCGGGGAGGCUGGGGCUGGGUGCAGGCACUCCCAGAGAGCAGGUAUUUCAGCAAGCAGGGGAUGGGAUUUUCACUGGCACUUUGCUAGAAAUAAUGCGUAUUCUGACUUAAUACUGACAGCAAAUGACUGAAUUGCUGUUGGUCUGCGGGUGGCUUCUGGGUAACGGGGACAAGUACAGCAAAUCCUUCACACCUCGUGUCUCGCCACUCCGGGAGGAACUUUGUUAAUCCAGUCCUGGAAGAGCCAGGGCGGG